CUGUAGUAAAAUUCGUCAUGGGAAAACUGAAAGCAGUAAAAAUUAUGGGUAAAUGGAAGGAGAAGAGACAAGUGGAGAACAGGUGUCAGUUUCUUAUACAGAUAAAUACAGAAAACACCCAACUUAUGGGUUAAGCUGACCGAAUGAAACUUCCUAGAAACACCCUACCCCGGAUACUUUUUUCCAUUUUUUAAUUUAAUUUUCUACAACACCACUUUGACGUGGAAAUUGCUGCCCAUAGAUUCUCUACCUUUGUGUUGUUGCAGAACCAUACUGGUAACUGGGCUGGUAUUGAGUAGGAGGAUAAGGGGAGUGCUCAUUCGUAUCACAUACAACGUCUUACUAAGUUGCUUGAUAUUUCAGAAUAUCUGUCAGUCAGACAGUUGAUGGGUGGGAUACUUUCAAAACGAACAAGCUCUCGACAGUCUUCUUUUGGAUCUAGUUCACAUUCAUGGAGUCAUCACAGCUAUCCACCGCCACCAUAUGCUCAACCAAGCCGAGAUUUUGUUUCACAGCAGCAUUAUGUGCCCCCGCAAAAUGACUAUGGUUGGGCCCCUGAAUCAAAGAGGAAAUUGGAGAGGAAAUAUUCAAAGAUAAAUGAUGAUUACAAUAGCCUUGAGCAGGUUACUGAAGCACUUGCUGGUGCUGGCCUGGAGUCUUCAAAUCUCAUUGUUGGUAUUGAUUUCACAAAGAGCAAUGAGUGGACAGGUGCAAGGUCAUUCCAGCGCAGAAGUCUACAUCAUAUUGGAGAUAAUCAAAAUCCCUAUGAGCAAGCAAUAUCAAUUAUCGGAAAAACAUUGUCAUCCUUCGAUGAAGACAAUUUAAUUCCAUGUUUUGGAUUUGGAGAUGCAUCGACACAUGAUCAAGAAGUAUUCAGUUUUUAUCCAGAUGAGAGCUUUUGUAAUGGAUUUGAAGAAGUGUUGCAACGAUAUAGAGAAUUGGUUCCAGGCCUAAGACUUGCAGGACCAACAUCAUUUGCCCCCAUCAUUGAAAUGGCUAUCACAAUUGUUGAGCAAAGUGGUGGACAGUACCAUGUUUUACUGAUAAUAGCUGAUGGACAGGUGACAAGGAGUGUUGACACUGCCCGCAAUCAACUAAGCCCACAGGAAAAGAAAACUGUUGAAGCAAUUGUGAAAGCAAGUGAGUACCCAUUGUCAAUUAUAUUAGUUGGUGUUGGGGAUGGGCCAUGGGACAUGAUGAGGGAAUUUGAUGAUAACAUACCUGCUCGAGCAUUUGAUAAUUUUCAGUUUGUGAAUUUUACAGAGAUCAUGUCAAAGAAUUUUGACCGGACCAGAAGAGAAGCUGAGUUUGCUCUUGCAGCCUUAAUGGAAAUACCAUCUCAAUAUAAAGCAACCCUAGAACUAAAUUUGUUGGGAGCUUGUAGAGGGAGGGUUAUUGACAGGAUUCCCCUUCCCCCUCCACAAUAUGGUUCAGCUUUUUUCAGCUCUCCAAAAUCUUCUCGGUCAACUAGUUUUUGUCCAAGUGUGCCUCCUUUGGGUAGACGUAACACGUCUGUUGGCACAUCUCCGUUUGCAAGUUCUGCUUCCGACAAUCAUGUUUGCCCUGUUUGCAUUAGCAAUCGUAAGGAUAUGGCAUUUGGUUGCGGACAUCAGACUUGCUGUGAGUGUGGACAAGAUCUUCAAUUGUGCCCCAUUUGCAGGAGUACCAUCCAAACCAGAAUAAAACUCUAUUAAAUAGCAUUAAAAAGAAUGUAAGUUAUUUCAAAUCCCUGUUUGGGCAAGGACUUUGAUGUUGGAUGUGUCUGGCUGCCGUAUGAAUCUCAAUCAUACAUGUUGUAAGUUACCUAACUUUAGAUUCUUCAGCCAUAACCAAAUCAGCGUGUUAAAUGACAUAGCAGAUCUAAUUUGAAGCUUUUUGGUUCUUGUUUUCGUUA